AUGGCUUUCCUCACGCGGCUGAGGGUGCCAUCCGUGGCAGCCCUCCUCGCUGUGAUUGCGCUGCCAUGGCUAGAUACGGUCAGCGCGCAAAAGAGCGCGGCCGACUACUUUGUCCACGAAUUACCCGGCGCCCCCCCGACACCCUUCGUCAAGAUGCAUGCUGGACACAUCGAAGUCACACCGGAGCACAACGGAAACCUUUUCUUCUGGCACUACCAGAACCAACACAUUGCUAAUAGACAACGGACGGUCAUCUGGCUGAACGGAGGCCCAGGGUGUAGCUCUGAGGACGGUGGUCUGAUGGAGAUCGGUCCCUAUCGUCUGAAGGAUGACAAGACUUUGACAUUGAAUGAUGGAUCAUGGCAUGAAUUUGCGAACCUGCUUUUCGUCGACAACCCUGUCGGCACCGGGUUCAGCUACGUCGACACCGACUCAUACGUUACCGAGCUGGAUGAGAUGGCCGACCAGUUUGUCACGUUCCUCGAGAAAUGGUUCGCCCUCUUCCCCGAGUACGAACAAGAUGAUAUCUACAUCGCCGGAGAGUCCUACGCCGGACAGCACAUCCCCUAUAUCGCGAAGGCCAUGCUUGAACGAAACAAGAAGCCCGGUGUGGCUCACACAUGGGCACUCAAAGGUCUCCUGAUCGGCAACGGGUGGAUCUCACCUCCAGAGCAAUACGAAGCGUAUCUUGAUUUCGCAUACGAGAAGGGCAUCGUCAAGAAGGGCAGCGAGACGGCCAAGAAGAUCGAGGUGCAGCAUAGAAUCUGCCAGAAGGAUCUGGCCGUCGACAGCAACAAGGUCGACCACGCUUCCUGCGAGAACAUUCUGCAGGAUAUCUUGCAAUUUACAACCACCCCUGGAUCUGAUGGCAAACAGCAGUGCGUCAACAUGUACGAUGUGCGGCUCACAGACAGCUACCCGUCGUGCGGCAUGAACUGGCCGCCGGAUCUGGUGCAUGUGACUCCUUACCUGCGCAGGAAGGACGUUGUGGAGGCCCUCCACAUCGACGAGGCCAAGAACACUGGGUGGUCGGAGUGCAGCGGAGCUGUGGGCAGCCACUUCCGCGCAUCCAACUCGGUCCCAGCCGUUAAAUUUCUCCCGGACAUUUUGAAGGAGGUCCCCAUACUUCUGUUCUCCGGCGCGGAGGAUCUGAUCUGCAACCACCUUGGCACUGAGGCCUUCAUCGGCAACAUGGAGUGGAACGGCGGGAAAGGCUUCGAGCUGUCGCCCGGCACGUGGGCGCCACGCAGGGAGUGGACCUUCGAGGGAGAGGUUGCCGGCUUUUGGCAGGAGGCCCGAAACCUGACGUACGUGCUUUUCUACAACAGCUCCCACAUGGUGCCCUUCGACGUGUCGCGUGCGUCGCGAGACAUGCUGGACCGUUUCAUGGGCGUGGACAUCAGCAGCAUCGGCGGCAAGCCCACGGACUCCUACCUGGACGGCGAACGUCUUCCCGAGACGUCUGUUGGCGGCACAGCGGGCAACAGCACCGCUGCCCAGGAGGCCGAGAAGGAGAAGCUCGAGGCGGCCAAAUGGGCCGCUUACCAGCGCUCAGGCGAGGUCCUCCUGGUCAUCGUUUCAGUUGCAGCGGCAGCGUGGGGAUACUUUGUCUGGAAGGAGCGCCGGAAGAGAAAGGGCCUGGGAUAUCUCGGUCUCUCGCAGGGCAGUUCCAUCGGUUUGCAGACCAGCCAGAGGCGGGAUUUCCGCAGCCGAGGAUCAACGAAUGCCAGGGAUCUCGAGGCUGCGGAUUUUGACGAGGCGGAACUGGACGACCUCCAUGUUGAGUCGCCGACAGUAGAGGGACACGAAGAGGGGGUUCUCGGGACCGAUAGGAGGUACAGCCUGGGUGGUGACAGCGAUGAGGAGAGCUCUAGCGGAGCAAAGAAGGAGGCCAGCGGGAAGAGGGCGCGUUAA